AUAAACGCACAUGGAAGUGCAAAGAGAGUGAAGAGAGAGAGAGAGAGAAAGAGAGAGAGGCAGGUUUCAAUCUGUUGUAGUAGUACGUGGGAGCAAUAUUCGGGUUUUCCCAAGCCAUCAUCUCUCAAGUGUGACGGUGGCGAAGCCCCCUUUGCGUGCUCUCUCUAAUCUCUCUCUCUCUCUCUCUCUCUGCUGAUUCUUUCUCUCUCCUUAACGUAACGCACCGAGAUUCGAAACCCUAAUUGAAGCCACAAUCUCUCGCGGCUGCUGAUCGGCAGUGAAAAGAAAAUACUGGAGACUAGAUAGCUCCGUCGGCGAUUGCCGGGAGGUUUAAGGAUUAGUUGUAGGGCAUCACUGAGAGAUGUCACGAUAUUUAUUGGGUGGGUUGUCCUUGGAGCUCCAUAAUGGUGGACCUGUGAAAUGUGAAUUAUGUUUUCACAUUGAGGUAUACUCGGCUUGUUGGUACUGGUGUUGAUUGGUUAGAGGAAAACAAGAACAACACUGGUGGUGAAAUAUUACGCAAUAAGUUGGUAAAGAUGUUAUUCAGCAAAGAAAUUGAGGGUUUGCAUGACGAUGGUUUUCAGGGGUCAAUCAAUGACCAUCGUAUUUUCUCAGAGGUGUUCUUUGGAAAUGACCAUGACAGAACUAGUAAGAGGUGUCUUGUUACUGGAGCUAUUAAUUUUGACUGUGAUUUUAGUAGACAAGCAGAUAAGUUUUGUUCGAACAGUGAAAUCUCAGCCAUAACAAGUAAGGUGGAUUCUUGUAAUGUAAAGGAGGAUUCAAGAGAAUAUUCUGCAUUGUUAAUGAGGAAGGACCACGAGGUGAAUGGUAAAAGAAUAAAGUUAUCAGAUGACGACCUUUCUCAUUGCAGACCUUACUCUGAAGCAAUUUUGAAUUCGUCAGCUUCUUUGAACAGGGUCGUUUCUAGUAUGUCUGAAUCAGAUUCAAAAUUUGUUUGUCACUCUGUAACGUGUCGUAUCGUUGAAUCAUCCAGUCACAGUGUUACUUCCAGCUGUUAUCUGCUCAGGCGACCUGCAGAGACUAGCUCAAGAAGCAUUAUGAUUGGAAGGAAUGUUUCCAAGUGUGGGCUUUCGAGCUUGGAUGGAAGUGAUAAGAAGGAAGGCAGUGCAAGUAAAGCAAUUGCUUCACCCGUUUCUCAGGAGAGCUUUGCAACCAAGAUUUUGGUUACAAGUCCACCUGCUGUCACUGCAAAUAAGUCAUCCAACAUUCAUAAAGUGGCCAAAGAUAAAAUAUUGUCCAAUAGAGCAUUCAAAAAGGAUCCCAGUCCUCUUCUACGCAGCCACAUGCAGAGCUUACUCAGAGCAGCAGGAUGGGAGAUUGGGAGCCGUAAAAGACUAGAUAGGAAAAACGGUAGCAAAUGGAGUUAUUUGUCACCUCAGGGUGGAAAACCCAUUCGCGAGUUUUAUAAAGCUUGGAACUUGUGUGGUCAGAGCUUGUUAGCCAGCAAAGGUGUAAUUGUGGAGGAAGAGGGUACGCAGUGGGCUAGUAUGACCGAUUUAUGGUCCGAUCUAUCACUUACACUUAGCAAAAUUGAAGAGGAAGAGAUUAAUACGGAAACUACUACUGCACUAGCGCAUCGGUGGUGUCUUCUUGACCCCUUUGCCAAUAUGGUACUCAUUGAAAAGAAGUGGGGUAGGCUAAGAGCAGGAAAAGUAGUCAAAGCAAGGAGGAUGAUAUUGCUUGAUACGUCUGCCAAAGAUGAUGGCAUUUUGUCCUUGAAAGAUGUGGAUAGUAUUGGAAAUCAGUGUGAGAGACAUUCACUAAAUUGUAUUCAUGGUUCUUCUCUGGUCAGUGAAAGCAUGCUAACAAAUUCCGAGGGGAAUUACCCUGUCAGCAAUGGAUACUGUGGUCAUAAAAUUUCUGAAAAUUUUGGACAGUUGCAUGGGGGGGCAGCGAAAGCUCUGAAAGGAGUAUCAAUUUAUUUGCAUGACGAAAAGUGCACGGAAUUCAGAGAUACUGUUAGUGGGAUAGGAACUCGACGUAGGGAAAUCUCUGGGGACAAGAGAACCGGACAGGAUCUGAACUCUUCACAAGCUUUUGGGGCAGAUAGCACUUGUGACCAUUCCAAUAGUUGGCUGUUUGAUGUUCCCGUCACUGUUGGAAAGUUAGAUAUCAAGUUUGGUGGGUCUGAAAGUGUCUCUCCUCAUCAAGAUAGUGGCACAAGCUCCCCAGGUGGUGAUAGACGCAGAUCUGACCACGACGAAGCAAUGGCUUCGGAAGUAGAUGAAUCUGUAUCCAUGGGAUAUUCAGAAGGAGGAGGUAGAAGUUUCUGCAGAAAAGUCAAUUGUAACCAUCUAAACUGCAGAAAUGAGGGUCUAUCUCAGUUUAAUGACCGAGAUUCUUAUCCGUCACUGAGUACUUGUUUAGAUGGUGUUUUGUUCAGACCUCCCCUUGUUGAAGACAGCCAUUUGGUGGUUUCCUAUGAUAAAGAGUUCGUGCAACAUGCUGGAUUUGUUGGAAAGGUCCAUGGGCAGAGCAUGGACAUUUCCAAAUUUGGAAUGAAAGGUGCAUCUUGUGCAGCGGAUGCUAUUGUGAAAAGGAAGGAAGUUGAGAAAUCCAGAAAGAUAUCCAAAAGCAAACUGGCCACAUUGCAUCAAAAUGAGAGGUUCAAUUUGUCUACUAAUAAGGCUGAAGGACAUAAAAUUGAUGACAGUAGCAUACAGUCACACUCUGGAGAAGUCCGGGAGUAUUUGAUAGCUACUAAUGCAAGAAGUGGUAGAAGUUGUGAAAAGUCAAAAUUUAGGAAGGUCCGUCGCAAGUCUAAGAAAUUGAUUAAGUUUCCUCAUGAUGACGCUGAUGAAGCUUCAAGGCAAGAUAUGGAAUCAGAAGAACCUGAAAAUCGCAAUCAAGCUGGAUCAACUACAUGCCAGCUUCAAGAUGAUGAUCUUUUGAUUUCAGCUGUCAUAAAAACUAAAACCUUCAAAUCCACUACCAAACACUCUACUCCCUCAAAGAAAUUCAACAAAACAGACUCUUUGAGAAAAUACAAGAGCCAAAAGGGCAGGUGCAGGUUGCUUCCUAGGAGUAUGGUUAAGGGCGGGAAAUACAUGGAAGGAAAAUGGCCCAUCAUUGGUGUAAGAACGGUAUUGUCUUGGUUGAUUGAGACGGGGGUUAUUUCUCUUAAUGAAGUCAUCCAAUACCGGAAUCCGAAGGAUGAAUAUGUGGUUAAAGAUGGCUUGGUUACUCGCGAUGGGAUCUUGUGUAAGUGUUGCAAUAAGACGGUCUCUCUCUCUGAAUUCAAAAGUCAUGCUGGUUUCAGGCUAAGCCGUCCUUGUGUCAAUCUUGUCAUGGAGUCUGGUAAGCCAUUCACCUUAUGCCAACUUGAGGCUUGGUCAACGGAGUACAGGGCCCGGAAAAAUGCCACCCAAGCCGUUCAAGUUGAUGAAGUGGAUCAGAAUGAUGAUAGUUGUGGUCUGUGUGGCAAUGGGGGCGAGUUGAUAUGCUGUGAUAACUGUCCAUCUACUUUUCAUCAGGCAUGCUUGUAUGUAAAGGAACUCCCAGAAGGAAAUUGGUAUUGCUCAAACUGCACUUGUCGGAUUUGUGGUGAUGUGGUUCAUGAUAAAGAGGCUUCAAAAUCACCCGACGCAUUGAAGUGUUCGCAGUGUGAGAAUAAAUAUCAUGAGGCAUGCCUGAAAGGGAAGGGUCUGUGUAAACAAGUGGCUUCUAAUACCUGGUUUUGUGGGGAAAGCUGUCAAGAGGUUUACUUAGGCCUUCAAUCUCAGAUCGGGCUUGUCAAUCUUCUUUCUGAUGGCUUCUCUUGGACACUUCUGAGGUGCAUUUAUGGGGAUCAAAGAGUUCAUUCUGCCCAAAGGUUUGUUGCUUUGAAGGCAGAAUGCAACUCAAAACUGGCUGUUGCUCUAAAAAUUAUGGAGGAAUGCUUUCUCCCCAUGGUGGAUCCAAGGACAGGCAUAGACAUGAUACCCCAUGUUGUAUACAACUGGGGAUCAGAAUUCGCACGUCUGAAUUAUCAUGGAUUUUAUACAAUGGUUUUGGAGAAAGACGAUGUGCUGAUGUCUGUUGCAUCAAUCAGGAUCCAUGGAGUAACAGUUGCAGAGAUGCCCCUUAUUGCAACUUGCAGUUUGUAUCGGCGCCAGGGAAUGUGUCGGCGCCUUAUGAAUUCUAUUGAAGAGAUGCUAAAAUCUUUCAAGGUUGAAAAGCUCGUGAUAUCUGCCAUUCCCAGUCUUGUGGAAACAUGGACUCUUGGGUUUGGCUUCCAAUCCUUGGAAGAUGGUGAGAGAAGGAGCCUGAGUAAUAUCAACUUGAUGGUAUUUCCCGGAACAGUAUGGUUGAAGAAGCCCAUUUUUGAAAACCAGGAAACAAGUCAACGAGGAGGUGGGGGAUCAGGACAUGCUACACCUUUGAGCUCGGAUGAUCCAACCGAAACAGUUGCUUGUUCUGAAGGAGGGCCCGCUGGUGAUUUUACAAGACAACCUGAUGGAAGCCCUCCACUGGAAGAAGAUGCUGCUCAAACAGCAACCGGGCAUAAUUUUACAAGGCAAUCUGAUGGAAGCCCUCCACUGGAAGAUGUCACUCGAACAGCAACUGGGCAUACGGGCGGCACCGACAUCCUGGUAGAGAAAGGAGAAGAUGGUAAUUGGACGGGGCAUUUUUCAAAGCUGUCCCGCGAAGAACCGGAUAGAACGGCAGGGGGAUCUCAUCUUGAAAUAGGUUGUGGCGCAGAAUCUGUGGUUCCGUAUGACGACAUGCAGGUAGAGAAAGGGCAAGAUGAUAAUUGGACGGAGCAUUUUUCAAAGCUGUCCUGCGAAGAACCCGAUAGAAUGGCAGGGGAAUCUCAAAUUGAAAUAGUUUGUGGCGCAGAAUCUGUGGUUACGUAUGACGAGAAAGAAGUAAGGUUGGAUGAACUGCCGCAGAUAUCUCAACUUGAAAUGGUUUGUGGUGUUGAAUCCGUGGUUGUGUAUGACGAGAAAGAACUAACCUUGGAUGAACAGUCGCGUGAAGCUGGUGUGUUGCAAAAUAAUGAUAAAUAAAGUUAAAUGUUUGGAAAAAUAGGUGUUGCCGUAGGACGUGAGACACAUAUUGCAGAUAGCGGGAUGAAUAUUGCUGGAAAAGAGGAUCAAAAGGAUAGCAUGUUGGCUGAGAGCUGUACCGCCAAUGCCUCACUGGAGAGGAUACCCCUAUCCAUCAGAUCCUCAGGAGAGAGAGAGAGAUGCCUAGCAAAAAAAAAUCUGCUUUGCAUUUUCUUGGUAUGUAAAUGUGUUUACCAAAGAAAAAAAAGAAGGGAAGGCUAGCAUCUGGAGAUAAUUCCAGAAUUAGGGCCAACAGUCAACACGGCCGCAACAGAGAAUGGGCCAUUAAAAAUUUAAAACUACAGUAGUAACCAGAAGACAUUUUAGCGACACAAUUUUUAUUAACAGCGUUUAAAUUGGUUUUAGUUUUUCAAUU